AUGGAUAUAGCAAUUGAUGAUAGCUCAAGAGAGUUUAACAGAUCCGACCUAGAGUUUGAGUUCCGUGAGGGGCUCUACGGUAACAAUCGUGAGAAUAAUCAAGGAGGAGACGAGGAACCAUUACAAAGCCUGAGUAGAAGAGCUUCCAGUAUAUUUUCCAUAACAGCACCACCUCUAAAUCCACCUGAUGAAACUGAUAUCCAAAAAUUUACCAGUGAUGAUUUCCAUUUUAGCAUGUUGAGAAAUUUGCAUCUCGCAGACUUUAUUACAAUGAUGAACUGUUUUUCAGGGUUUUAUUCUAUUAUCAGUUGUUUGAGAUUUACUUUGACAGGCAAACCUCAUUAUGUGCAGCGUGCCCAUUUUUUCAUCUUCCUAGGUAUGUGCUUUGAUUUCUUGGAUGGUAAAGUGGCUCGUUUGAGAAAUAGAUCGUCAUUAAUGGGACAAGAAUUAGAUUCAUUGGCAGAUUUAGUUUCAUUCGGUGUUGCUCCUGCUGUUAUUGCAUUUGCCAUUGGUUUCCAAACUACUUUAGACGUUUUGACACUUUCAUAUUUCGUUCUUUGUGGAUUGGCAAGACUAGCAAGAUUUAACGUUACUGUCGCACAACUCCCCAAAGAUGUUAGUGGCAAGUCCAAGUAUUUUGAAGGUUUACCCAUGCCAACCACUUUGGGAUUAGUUGCAGCAAUGGCAUUCCUCGUAAACAGGGGUCUCAUCCUGGAAGAUUUGCCCUUUUCGAUCUUUAGGAAAGGCAAGUAUUUUGAGUUUCAUCCUGGUAUCAUUGUUUUCUUUCUGCAUGGUUGUGGUAUGAUUUCCAAGAGCCUAAAGAUCCCAAAGCCAUGA